AUGUCUACCACCGAUCAUACCUCAAAUAUUAAUUCUACGCUCAAUUUUUCAACAAUUAGUCAAAACCCGUUACCAAGUAUUUUUGAAUUACUUGCACAAGAACGUUUGACCUAUUUAUUACGUCCAUGUUUAAGUCAAUUGAUCAAAUUCUUGCAUGAUUUGCGUCCAUUAUCAAAAAGUUUUAUGUUAUUGUAUCGUUAUAAAGAUGAAUGUGUUUUACUAAUUGAAACAUUAAUACAAAGUGUUUAUCUACAAACUUAUUCAUCAUUGAUUGGUGAACAUUUUUAUGGACUUAAACGUUCUUCAAAUCAUCAUAUUCGUUCACUUAUAUUUUCUGUCUUUUUACCGUAUAUUAAACAAAAAUUAGAAUUAUUAUAUGAAAAAUAUCGACAACAAACUGGUACACAAGAAGAAAAAAAAACAAAACUUAAACAAUUCUUUUUCUUUUUUGUUCUCAAAUUUGUACCAAAAAUUCAUACUUUUUUGGAAUCAUUAUGUUGGUUAUAUCGUCUUGGAUAUGCAUUUGGACGCAUUGAAUAUUAUAGUCCAUUUUUACAAUUAGCCGGCGUCAAAUUAACUUACGAUAAUAAAAAACAAGAACAACAACAACAAAUACAGAAUAGUUCAAAAGUAAUGCAAACAUUUCAUUUUUUUAGUCAAACAUUGUCAACCGGUUUAUUUUUAAUACAAUUCCUUGAAUGGUGGAAUAGUACGAGUAAUACAAGAAAGCAAACAUCUUUAAAUGAUUCAAUUCCUCCUCCACCAACAGUUAGUAAUAAUACAAUUGCAAAACGUCAGUGUCCUUUAUGUAAAAACCAAUAUGAUAGCCCAGAAUUAUUAUUUUUAACAUUUUUAUAUCUAUUAUUUUCAUUUAUCAUUGUUUUUCCACCAAAUGAACUUGUCGCUGCUGGUUUCUCAAUACAAAAUGUAUUUUCAUUUUUGUUAGAUAGUGAGGAAAUUGCAUUUAUUCGUUUUCAUAUUAAACGUGUUUCUCUAAAGAUCUUUUUUCAAAGUUUAUUACCAAUAGGCUACGUUAUUCUUCUUAUCUCUCAGUAUAAUUUAAAUAAUGGUUUAAUUAAUACAUUGGAAUCUCUAUUUUCGGAUAUUAAUAUUAUUUUUCAAUGUAUUAUAAUUCUUUCGUUAUUUAUUCCUUUUGUGGUUAUUAUUACACUUAUACGAUGGCAUCAAAAUGAUUGUUAUACACAUCCAAUUGUUCGUCAAUUGAGAGCAUUUGCUCAAGAAACUGAUACAUGGCAUGCAGUUGAAUCAAGUAUAAAUACUGAAUUUCGUCGCAUUGAUAAAUUUAUAUGUGGAACACCGAAUAAUCGAUCAUAUGUUCUCGAUUCGUGGAUAAUUAAAUGUGGUUUAUACAAUGUUUAUAUUGCUCAACAAUCCAAUGCUCAUAUAGAACUAACAGAUGCUAAUGAUGUUAAUUUACAAGAAAAUGAGACAAUCACUACACAAUAUUUAAAUAUAUUGGUGAGAAGUGGAAAUCCCUUAGUGACACCGUUUACUAUUAGACUUAAAGCAUCUGAAUUUAAUGAUUUGAGAAGCAAAUUACAAUCACCCGUACAAAAUGCCAGAAAUAUUGUCAUACGACAAUCACUAAGCGAUUUGUUUCUCGAAGACUUUCGUCGUCAUAUUGCAAAUAAUCCAAAAUAUCGAUAUCCACCAAAUCAACAGGAACUUGAAACUUGUAUUGGUUGUCUCGUGAAUAAUGCAAAUGUCAAAUUGAUGAAAAGAUGCGAUGUUGGUGAUAAUGGUCAGUGUCGUACCUGCUUUUGUAAACCAAUGUGGUGUAUCGAAUGUCUAGGAAAGUGGUUUGCUAGUCGACAGGAUCAAACAAGACCUGAAACAUGGUUAAGCUCGACCUAUGUUUGCCCAGUUGAAUUCUAA